CGUCCGUGCCCGUGGCCUCCUCCCUCUUCUUCCUCCCGUCCUCCUCCUCCUCCUCCUCCUCCUCCCGUCCUCCCGCUGCCGGCUGAGCGGCGGCGGCGGCGGCUGCGGGGCUGCGCCCGGGGAGGGGGCUCGGGGACUUGGCCCGAAGUUGCGGCGCGAUGGGGAACGAGCGCUGGAAAACCAUGGGAGGAGCCUCGCAACUUGAGGACGGGCAGCAGGAGAAAGCGCAGAGGAUGAGCUGCGGGUACAUCCUGUGCACCGUGCUGCUCUCGGUGGCCGUCCUCCUGGCGGUGACGGUGACGGGGGCCAUCCUCUUCAUGAACCACUACCACACGCCCGGCACCGAGCCGCCCCCCGUCAUCAGCACCAACCCCGAGGAAGCCAACGCGCUGGUCACCAUCGAGAAGGCCGACAGCUCCCGCAUCAACAUCUUCAUCGACCCCAACUGCCCCGACCAGGCGGGCAGCUUUGGGCGCCUGGAGGGGCUGCAGAGCUCCCUGCUGCGCGCCCUCUCUGACCACGACGCCGAGGCCAAGGCCACCAAGGGGCAGCAGAAGGCCCUGCUGGUCACCGUGGCUGACGAGGUGGCCAAGCUGCUGACGCACGCCGCCCAGCUGCGCGCCGACUGCGACGGCCUCAAGAAGGGGCACAGCGCCAUGGGGCAGGAGCUCAGCGCCCUGCAGGGCGAGCAGGGCAGGCUCAUCCAGCUGCUCUCGGAGAGCCAGACCAACAUGGCUCGGCUGGUGAGCUCCGUCAGCGACGUGCUCGACACGCUGCAGAAGGAGCGCGGCGGCGCCCGGCCCCGGCUCAAGGCCGACCUGCAGCGAGCCCCGGCCCGGGGAGCGCGGCCCCGCGGCUGCUCCAACGGCUCCCGGCCCCGAGACUGCUUUGACAUCUACGCGAGCGGACAGCAAGAGGAUGGGAUUUACUCCAUCUUCCCCACGCACGACCCCUCGGGCUUCCAGGUCUACUGCGACAUGACGACAGACGGGGGCGGCUGGACGGUGUUCCAGCGGCGGGAGGACGGCUCGGUGAACUUCUUCCGUGGCUGGGAAGCGUACCGGGACGGCUUCGGCAAGCUGACGGGGGAGCACUGGUUAGGGCUGAAGCGGAUCCACGCGCUGACCGUGCAGGGCACCUACGAGCUCCGCAUCGACCUGGAGGACUUCGACAACGGCACCGCCUUCGCGCACUACGGCAGCUUUGGCGUGGGGCUCUUCUCCGUCGACCCCGAGGAGGACGGGUACCCCGUCUCCAUCGCUGACUACUCGGGGACAGCAGGAGACUCCUUCCUGAAGCACAACGGGAUGAAGUUCACCACCAAGGACCUGGACAACGACCACUCGGAGAACAACUGCGCGUCCUUCUACCACGGCGCCUGGUGGUACCGCAACUGCCACACCUCCAACCUCAACGGGCAGUACCUCAAGGGCCACCACAGCUCCUACGCCGACGGCAUCGAGUGGUCCUCCUGGACGGGCUGGCAGUACUCCCUCAAGUUCACCGAGAUGAAGAUCCGGCCUGUCCGGGAGGAGAAUUAGUGGAUGGCACGAGCUCCCCCCCCAGCCCCUGCCCUUCCCCAGUGCCCCACGUCCCCGUCUCCCCAUCCUCCCAGUGCGCCCCAGGCUGCCCUCCUCCCCAUGGGGUCCCUCGGGAGCAUCUUCCCCCACGGGUGGCAGCUUGUUCCCCAGGUGUCUGUGUCGAUCCCGUGCCCCCCACUCCCUGCCGAGACGGGUGCCCCCUCCCCGAGCCGCUUGCGGUGCAGCGGGGAUUUGGGGAGCGGUGCUGGGGGGGGGGGGGGCUGAGCCGUGCAGUUGUGCCAGGCUGGUCCCGUCUGCUCGUCCCCAUUGUGGGCACGGACAUCUAUGAGCAGUAGGCAAGGGGCUGGUGGCCACUUUGGGGGGGCUCACAGAGCCCCCGCAGUGCUACUGGGGAUGGGGAGGGCUCUGCGGGGCUGGAGCCCCUGUGCUCGCAUCACCACGGCUCCUCCUCUGCCCCAUAAAUGCUCCCCUCUCCCCAUCCCCUGCCCUUACAGUUGGGGAGGGCACAUCCAAACCUCGCUGUCCCCACCGGGCUGGGGCUGGUGGCCUGGGCUGGUGGCCUGACCCCACUGACGGCCACCCCGAACACACGGGCACGGUGCUGCAGGGCCGGACGCCUGCAGCCGAGCACGGCACGGAGCCGUUUUGGUGGCGUCGGGGAAACGGAGAGCAGGAGGAGGAGGAGGAAGAGAGGAAGGCUCGCCUCCCAGCACCUGCCCCAUGCAGCCCCUCCCUGCCAACAAGACCCACUCAGACUCAUGCCGGAUUUUCACCACCCAAAAGCUGCGACCUUGCCCAAAUCCCCCCCGCUUCGGCCAGCACACGCCCCCCCCUGCGAGCCCCCAGCCUGGGGCCCCGCAUUCAUUUCCAUCCCCGAUGAGCCGCGCUCCAGCUCUGCACCUGCCGAUAUUCAAAGCCUUUCGUUUCUUCAAAUCCCAUUAAGGUUUUGUGGAAAGCAGCCCUGAGUGGGGCUUAGCGUCUGCAGGGCCCUGAUAACGGGGCUGCGGCCGCAGCCAGGCUCUGCCCCGCGCCGCCGGCCCACCGAGGGGUGCAGCAACCCCGACCCCCUGGGCACGGGCGGUGAUGGGGAGAAGGACGGGCUCUGGCAAGGACUCCAGGGGGGCUUCCGCCCAAAAAAAGCCCCCAACAAAGCCUGUGCGGGAGCAGAGAGGGGAAGGGAAGCCGGGACCCCUGCACCCUUUGUGAUAUUUCCAGCAGCCACAAGGAGAGGAGCCCCUGCACCGGACCCUGCCCCGCGGAGCGCAGCCGGAGCACCCCGAGGAGGGGAGGACAGCCCCCACUGCCCCCGCUGCUCUGGGACUGGAGGCACCGCGAGAUCACAGCCUCGUCCUCCUGGCAGCUUGGCACUUCCCUGUGUGCUCCUUUUUUUAAGCCUUCUCCCAUGAGGCGGUGCUGGACGAGCCCUCUCACCCACCAGGCGAUUCUCCAUCCCCCUGCCCCGCCGGGGGACAAGCGAUGCGCUCAGGACCCCCCCCAGCUCUGCCCUUGGCCAGGGACAUUUCCCCACUCGAUGGGGACGAGCUCCGAGCGCAGGCAGCCGCCACCAGCCCAGCUCCAUCCCGACCCGGGCAGCCAGCCGGGCUGGGUGCCUGAACCGAGGCGAUUUGGGGAGAUCCACGGUGGCUUUCCUCACCCAGCACAGGGGCAGGAGCCCCCCCCAGCAUCUCCCAGGGGGCUCCCGGCAUCCCCGGGAAGGGCGCAGCAAGGCGGCCGUGCCCCACCUUUGCUUUUAGCUCAUUUAUUUCCGUGGAUUAGACGUAGCCAGUUUUAUAGCGUUUGCCUCUGGGGAGAAGGACCCGGAGCCCGUGCUCGGUGUCCCCGCCGUGGGGAGCUUCUGGGGGCUGGGGAGGGGGCGUCGUGUGCGCAGCGUGUCGGUAGCACUUCCCCGUGUCACUGCCCAUCGCACCCAGGACUCCCAGCGAGUUUGGUUUGAAUCGCACGACCCGAGGUGCCGGAUUUCCCAGGAUUAAC